GACCUCCGUGUGUGUGUGUGUGUGUGUGUGUGUGUGUGUGUGUGUGUUUCUGCAUUUCCAUUUUAAACUUGUAGCAGGACAACCAAAAAGUUAAAUAAAAAUAAAACCGCUGUUUCUUUUACCCCAAAUAUAUUCCAUCAGCUUGGGGGUGACUUUUUUUUUUUCCCCCCAAAGUUACUAAUUAAGAUUUGUAUAUGUACUUCAUACAACAUCAAAAAAAGCUAAUUUUUCUUUUUUUCUUUUCUUUUCUUCUUCUUUUUUUUUCUUUUCUUCUUCUUUUUUUAAAUAAAUUGCAGACCAGCUAUAGUUUAGAUUUGUAUUUUUGUUAAAUAUUGUUUUGUGUUUCUUGUAACUCAAGUGGAAAACUGAAAUUUUAUUUAAUGGUCCUGUUUAAAAAAAAAAAAAAAAGUUCAAUCAGAUACAGAUCCAGAAUUUCAGCCCGAUACUCUGUACUGGAUUUACUGGAUCGGCGCAUUUUUAAUUUCUUGGCGUGUUUAGAAAGAAAUGCAUUGAACAGCAAACAGCUCUUUGAAUUCAACAGAACAGUUUGGCCAGAAGUGGGGGAAAAAAAGUAUAUAUUUAAUUAAAAUCAUUUUUAUACUCAUGGCAUUUAAGCGUUAAAUGUGAGAUCUUUGGCUGCUCGGGUUUCUGGAACAUCCUGUAACCUGCUCUUUGCUGUGGUUUAGUUUCUGAUUGCGCCUCCUGGUGGCUGCAGUAGUGAAAUGCACACAAUGGAGGAAGCACACAUUGCUUUUCCUGUUGGUUUUUUUGUUUGUUUUUUUCUUUUGGGAGUUUGAAAAAAAAUGAGAAAUGAGUACAGUACGUGAAAUCAAAUAUUCAUACCAUAUUUAACACUCAGCUUGAUUCUUGAUUUAGUAGAACGGAUUUCAUUCAGCAGAGACGAUGCUGAUAUAUUUUUCUAAUACACUUCCAGAGGUGGUACCUUUUUUUUAUUAUUAUUCAAAACACUGAGAGAUGAAAUUAAAUAAGCAUUAUUAUUAAUUUAUUAUUAUUAUUACUAUUACUAUUAUUUCAGCCUAGACAACACCUGACAUCUGCGAAAAGACAAGCGAGGUUCGAAGGAAAGAGGAAUUAAAAAAAAAAAAAAACUUAAGAAGUACAAGAUGCAUGAGGUCGUUGAGGCUAAUAAUCUAGUAAUCGGACAUCACAGUCCCUAAUUUGCUUUGCUUUAAACCGCGAAAGAAGUUUUAAAAGUGUUUAAAAAAAGAAAAAAAAGAGUGUGUAACUAAGUUUUAUUUUCUUUUUUUGCUUUUAACUAUUGUGUGAGUGAGUAUAUGUGGGUCCUCAAAAAAUAAUAAUUUAAAAAAAUACAAAAAAAGUAUCAGAAAUUGUUAGCAUAUGAUACGAUAUGUUAUGAGAGACCACAAUGUAACAAAGUACAUGUUUUGUGUGCGAGACGUUUGGAGUAGUGCGUACUCAUACUAGACUUUGUCCUGCAGUUCUGUUCCAUGAUUUUGUUUGUGUGUGUUGGGAGGGACGCGCUUCCCGAACGCGAGUCAGGAUCGCACUUUGAAGCACUGAGGUUUUUUUUUUUUCUUUUCUUUCCCCUUUAUUUGGGUCUCUCUCUCUCUCUCUGUUUUUUUGUCCCUCUGUUCCUGUUUGUAACUCAUCUAUGCAGCCCGGUGGGGUUUCAUCCCUCCAUCACCAUCUCCGACCCGUGUUCAUCACCUCAACACCUCAGUGCCACCAAAAACCCAAGACAUGGUCACAUUGUUUUAAUUUCCAUGUAUAAAUCCAGCAGAGAUUUGUUUCAUUGUUGAGUUUCUGAAUCUAAUAAAGGAUUGAGUACAUUU